GUCCCACUCACACUUCACAAUGAACAGUUUGGCAAGAAGACUCUUUUCAUUUAAACGAAUUGCUUAUUUACAAAACUAUAAUGAGUAUUUGAAGACAAAGAGCAAUGUAGAAAGAGCAAUACCUGUUGUAGAUGGAAUGACUUUUAGAGGAAUAAAGGAUAAGGAUAUACCAAGAGUUGCUCAAUUGAUAACUGAUGCUUACAGUGAUGAUUUAUCGAUAGUUGUUGGAAGGAAUAAUCUUAGAUAUGUCAGAGAAUUUUGGAUAAAAACUUUAAAUUAUGAUAAUACUGUCAAAAAUAAUUUUUUAAUCACCGAAAUUAAUAAUGAGGUAAAAGGAUUACUAAAAUUACAGGACUUUGCAGGACAAGAAAAAGGUUUACCAAUUUCUGAAACUUUAAAAAUUUUUCCAUUAUCUUGUGUUGGAAAAUUUGUAUUAACUGGAUUGCAAUUGGAAAUAACAAGUAUUAGAUCAGAAAUGUUUGAACCUUAUAUUGAUUACGUAACAGUAGAUCCAAAGGCAAGAGGUCAAAAAAUUGCUUAUAAUGUAAUGCAAUAUUGCGAAUAUAUUGCAGAAAAGAGAGGUGCAAAGAGAGUAUCUCUAAUUGUAAAUUCGGAUAAUACAAAAGCAAUUAAUCUUUAUCUCAAACUUGGAUAUAUAAUAACAUAUGAAAUCAAAUGUCCAAAAUAUUUGAAUGCUGGUCAUCAGAUCAACUUCAAAAUGGAGAAAUAUUUAUAAUUUCAAAAUGAAAAAUAGACGAGCAGCAAUGAUAUAUUUUUCCUAGAGAAGAUGGAGUUUUGGGGUUUUUCUAUUAUUUAAAUUUGCUAGUUUUGUUGGACACUCUUUGAGUAAUGUAUCCAUUUAUACAUUUACUGAGUGACAAAUUAAUUGACUGGGUUGGAUUAAUUGAUUGAUUAGUAAACUUGAAAUUAAAAGAGAAUUAAAAAUUUUUAAAUCAUCUAACAUGUCAUUAAAAAGAAGGAAAAAAACUGUUGAGUCUAUAAAUAUAUUUCGGAUAUGACAUUUUAAAAAACAAUAAUUUUAAUCUGAUCAGUUAUAGAAACCUGUGACGCAUCUUUAAAUCAUAGUUUUAAAAUAAAAUAUUAUCAAAUUCAAAUUCAAAUUAGCCUUAACAGACACAGUUAAGCUUUUUUCGGUCAAAAUCUAGUGUCAAAAAAAAUCGAGAACAGUAAUCUUUUCUUUUUUAAAAAUUCAAAUUUUUAAAAAUAUCUCAACUGAUUUAGCCACUUUUAGCUUUUUGAUUACUUCUAACCCCCCUAAUCACAAAUCCAUAGCCACUUUACUCCUCCUAACCAUUUUUCAAUCUGAAAUGAUGCUUUUAAAUAUUCCACUUGAGGACAUUUCCUGUCAGCCAUUAACUCACCUUCUUACAGAGUCUCAUCACCACCAAAUAGCUUUUUAGUAGUGCAUAAAUAUUCUUUGAAGAGGUCUCCUCAUGGACUAAAAAUGCAAUAAUUUCUCAUUGAUUGUACAUACUAUUAUACUAAUCAUUUGAAAAAAUUAUAAUCAAUACAUAUUUAUUAUUAUCUUAUUUUUGUUUAUUACAAUUUAAUAAUCUUUGCUUAGGCCCAGCACAUUGUAGAAGCUGAUGAAUCUGAUAAU